CGCUCUCUCUCCCUCCUCUCCCUCUCCAUAAGCUCCAUAAGCUUAACUUAAUCUCUCUGUCUCUGUUAGCUGCAACAGAGUACCCUACUGCCGUAUACAAAGCUCAAGACUUUCUCUCCCUUGCUCUAUCUGUUCCAUGGGUUUUCCGGUGGGCUACACGGAGCUUCUCCUCCCGAAGCUCUUUCUCCACACGCUUUCGGUUCUGGGUUUCCUCAGAAAGUUUAUCUCCACCCUGUUUCGCUAUCUGGGUCUCGGGGACUUUCUGGAGCAUGACAUUUCGUGGCCUGACACGCCUGCCCGAAUCCCUGAAUUCCACUCCGUGUCGGCUGUUCUGAUCCGGGAAAUCCUUCCGGUGGUGAGGUUCUCGGAGCUGGUGGACCCGCCGGAUUCCUGCGCCGUCUGCCUGUACGAGUUCGAGUCCGAGGACGAGAUCCGAAGGCUCACCAACUGCCGCCACAUCUUCCACAAGGGCUGCCUCGACCGUUGGAUGGGGUACGAGCAGAAGACGUGCCCUCUGUGCCGAACACCCUUUAUUCCGGACGAUAUGCAAGGAACUAUUAACGAGAGGCUCUGGGCUGCUUCUGGGAUCCCUGAAUUUUACGGCGACUAUUCCCAUCUUACUGGUUGGUAGUAACUCUCAGUUCACUAAAAACCAAAAAUCCAAAGAGCAGGAGAGGAGUUAUGGUUUUGGCUGUUUGAGAUGGUUCAUCUGUGUACAUACGAAAGAUGAUCUUUGUUUUUUCCUUCAAAAUUUCAAAAAGUAAAAUAUCAUAAAUUUAGAUGAUUUUGUAUAGCUUCUUUGCUGGGUAUAUUGAAUUUUGGGAAAAAAUGGCGAUAUAUAUUUUUUUA